AUGCCAAUACUUACAGUCACAUGUCACUCACAUGGAAUUGUCGGCCUGCAUUCUCAGCAGCGAAGCGAGCAACACCGAAAAACCUUCCGGCUGCCUUUACGUUCGCGGUGGAAGCCGACUUGGAGACGAAGUGACGGCCCCAGUAAGUUGUAACUCAGCCUAUAAAACAUGCCAUGGCCUUACUUCGUGCAAAUUAACAAGUUCCAUGAUGUUCUCUUCCCGCUUCGUCAUCCUUGCGCUGCUCAGCUUCCUCGCUGGCACCAACGCGACGCAGUGUGCAAAGUGCUCAGACACACUGGAUUACAACGGUAGUGCCUUGAAGCUAACCAGCAGCACCGUAUACCCCGAGGGGCUAACAGCUUGCGUGUGCGUCACACUCGCAUCUUCAUCGAACAAAGUCAGUACUGAUGAGCCGGCAGGUACGACGUUACCCACGACUUCGAGCUGCUUUGCCAGUAUCUGGCUACCGGGGUAUUGGAGGGCGGGUAUAAGACGUGUCCAAAAUCGUCAAGCAAGGGUGGGGAUGGGUGCGGAUUGUAACGGGGAGGGCUUGGGGAUGAGAAGUAAUGCUCGUCUGCAGACAGCGGAAUGGCAGAAUUGAGGAGGCCACUGGGGAAAAAGGAUUGGGUUCUUGCCAAUUGUUCAUGAAGCUGCCCUCGAAUUUUUUGGUGAACCCUUUCUCGGAGACUCUAGCAUUCAGAUGGUCACAAGAUAUGUACAUG